AUGACUUUCACCAGGGUGCUACGUGUCACAGCUCUCUUCCUGAUGCAAGGGGAUUCCAGGAAUGGCAGUGAAACCGUAACUCUAAAGGAAGGAGAGGACCUAAAUUUCCAGUGCACACUCAACAGUGAUGACAGUUCUGCCCGGCAAUGGUUAAACUUCCAUUGGUUUUCCAUUUUGCUCAACACCCUGCAUGCUUUAAGAGAUCAGAGGUACAAAUUUACCCGUUAUUCAAAGGACGAACUAUCCAUCCAACUGUCUAAUGUAACAGUUCAUGAUGAAGGCUUAUAUAAAUGCUUCUACCACGGCACCCUAUUUAAAACCAUGAACACGACUGUUGAGGUAUUAGCUGCUCCUUCUAAUCGAGUAUUGGAAGUAUACUGAGACACAGAAAGAAGCACUACAUUGUCUUGCUAUACCCAAGGAUGUAAACCACAGCCCCAGAUUACUCGGAUGUUGAACAACAGGAUAGAGCUCUCUGGUGACACUAAGCACAAGUUAGAAGCUGAUGGAAAGAAAUGGACCACAACCAGCGCACUGACAGUCCUCAGCUAUGAGCCCAAUUCAAGAGCCAGUUGCAUUGUUCACCACCACCACUAA